AUGCUCCCCUCUUUGGCCCGCUCUCGGGCAUGUGCUCGCCCUUUCAUAUCCUCCAUCUCUCGGACUCCCCUCACUUCCUCCCUCCGUCCAUUCCCUUCAACUACCUCGUCUCUCUUGCGUUCACGCGUCCUGACGACCUCCUCGACUUCUCUCUCUUCCCCCUCUACCUCUUCGCCUUUGGACAGUACCAGACCAGCUCCCGUGACCGAAACGUCUUCUUCAAAAAUCACUUCAGAGCUGCUGGCGCCGAAGGAAGCGCUCCCACCAACAGCGCCUACAAUCAUCGACAAGCUUGUCCCAAAAUGGGCAGAGAAAGCCAAGCCGUACUUGUACCUUACGCGUAUCGAUAAGCCUAUUGGAUCUAUCCUUCUCUACUGGCCUGGAGCAUGGGCGAUCACGAUGGCCUCUACCGUACACCACCUCCCCCCUUCUGUCCCCAUCUUCUACUUGGGCCUCUUCGGUGUCGGAUCUCUAAUCAUGAGAGGUGCAGGGUGUAUCAUUAAUGAUAUGUGGGAUGCCAAGAUGGACCGUCAAGUCGAGCGGACAAAGACAAGACCGCUGGCAUCUGGAGAAGUCACCCAGCUUGGAGCUCUGACAUUCUUGGCGUCACAGCUCUCUAUAGGGCUUGCUAUCCUUACCCAGCUCAACUGGUACAGUAUCGCCUUGGGUGCUUCUUCCCUGGGCUUGGUGGCGCUCUAUCCCUUCAUGAAGAGGGUCACCUACUUUCCUCAAGUGGUCCUCGGUAUUUCAUUUCACCUCCGUACAGCUCGAGGCGUCAGACAUCUAACAAUCGAUUCAGGUUUCACUUUCAACUGGGGCGCUCUCCUCGGCUGGUCUGCCGUAGCCGGUGUCGUCGACUGGUCCAUCGCGGCCCCCAUGUACCUCGGUGGCGCCCUAUGGUGUGUCGGCUACGACAUGAUCUACGCUCACCAGGACAAGACCGAUGACGUCCUCGCCGGCGUCAAGUCCAUGGCCCUCUACUUUCCCGACACCUCCCGCCAAGUCAUCUCCGGCCUCUACGCCACCUUUGUCUCCCUCCUCGCCUUCACCGGACACAUGGCCGGCCUCGGGCCGCUCUACUACCUCAUCUCGUGCGGUGGCGCCGCCGCCCAUCUUGCUUGGCAGGUGUUGACGGUCAACUUUGACUCUAGGCCGGAUUGCUGGAAGAAGUUUAGCUCCAAUGGCUACUUGGGAGGAUUGAUCUGGUUGGGGGUGGCGGCUGAUUAUGUGCAGCAGGCUGUUCUUGGGGUGGCUGCUUGA